AUGCUGACCCAAGCUUCACCGCAGAAACAAACGAAAAACACCUGGCACCGUCCGGAUCCCUCGUUCACCUACCUCCUCUCUUUCUUCCUCCUGCUCACUGCCCUCGCCUGGGGCCUCGCGUAUGCGCCCUCCUUCGGCGCCAUUGUCCGGCUCUCGCUGCUCUUUAUCUUCGUUCACUUCAUUGGCUCGUCCUUGCUGGUCUCGACAGUCGGGUACUUUACGAUCCCACGGUUAUUCGGGCCCGAUGGCGCAGCCGCAUCGCUGACGGGAUUCCGCGGCGGUCGUGGACGGAGACGCGGCGCGGCGCAAGGCCUGUUCACGCAGCCGGGCGAGAAGGACCAGCUUGAGUUCGGAUACUGCUUUGAUACAUCAGGUAUCGAAUCGGGCAUUCUUCCCUCUGUAUCUACAUCUCUACGUGGUCCAGUUCCUGCUCCUCCCGCUGCUCCAGCGCAGCCCGAGCAACUUCCUGGCCACUUUCCUCGGAAACACCCUUUACUUGUCGGCCAUAACUUACUACACCUACAUCACAUUUCUCGGAUACAAUGCGCUUCCGUUCCUCCACAACACGGAGCUUCUGCUGCUCCCCAUCCUGGCGUUUGCAGUGCUGUGGCUGGUGAGCCUGAUUGCGGGAUGGGGGAUAGUGGCGCAAGGCCGGGGAGUGGAAGGACUGUUCUGGGGCGCAUGAUUGUCACCGCACAUGUCAUGCUACACACAUCUUCUACACGUUCUUGUGCAAGUAGUUUGUCGUUUCCGUUUCGGCGCCGGUGUAUAUGGUGA